ACUCUCUGAUAGCCUCUCUUCUUCUCUGUCUAAGAAGUCCCAGAUCCUUUUUUUUCCCACACCAUGACUUGAAAAAGAAUUACAUCAGGGGGAAAGGAGUAGUAGAGCCUGCUGUGUGAGUUUGGAAGUUUGUUGUGGUUUGCUGUGGCCGCCAGCCGGCAACAGCCACCAGUAUGCCAGUGUGGGUAAGCGAGCUCCGUCAGCUGGUCACAGUGGAGCCGGUGAUCUUCUGGUACAUGACCAGCACCUUCAUUGUGUCCCCGGCUUAUCAGCAGCUGAUUAUUAAUAAGGUAUGCUACGAGCUCUUUGAUGACAAGACCAUCUGCACGGACCCGGAGCGCGACCACGCCGAUGACAAGGAGCUCCAGGAGCGCGCGUCCGUGGUGCUGCUGCUCUACAUGGCCACCCUGAGCCUGGUGUCCAUCCCGCCGGCCCUGCUCCUGGGCUCCUGGUCGGACAGCGCCGGCCGCCGCUCCGUCAUGGUGCUGCCCUCGGCGCUCUCCCUGGCGGCCGGCGCCGUGCUCAUCGUUGUGCAGCAGCUGCCGCAGGUGUCCGUGUGGUGGAUGUUGACAACAGCGGUCAUCGUGGGGAUGACAGGGGGCCACGUCUCCAUCUUCCUCAGCUGCUUCAGCUACUUGGCAGACGCCACGGCAGACGACCGCCGGUCACGCACCGUCCGCAUGGCCGUCGCCGAGUCCAUGGUCUUCGUAGGGGGCAUGGUAGGCUUCCUGCUGGGCGGCUUCCUGGAGAAGGAAUACGGGCUGACAUCGGCAUUCGGGGCCUACUUGGCCUGCCACGUCAUCAUCAUCCUCUACGUCGCUCUGUGGUUGCGGGCCCCCAGGCCUCCCGUCGCCCUCGCCAGCGUCACCAAGGAAGAAGGUGGAGAACCUGAAGACUCCACUUCGUCCGCCGGAGGUUCACGGUUGUUUCUGGUGACCUACCUCAAGAGGACUUUUCACUCUGUGUUCAAGCAGAGGCCAGGGCAGGAGAGGCUGAAACUCCUCCUCCUCAUCGUCUGCUCCUUCCUCAACAACCUGAUCGCUGCAGGAGAAUCAGCCAUCCUGCUCCUGUACCUGAUGUACCCGCCCAGGGAGUUUGACACAGAGAUGUAUGGGAUCUACAAUUCUGUCAGGAUGCUGCUUUUGGGCUCCUGUCUGCUGGGUCUGUUCCCGCUGCUGCUGCGCUGCUUCAGUGAGAUGAGCCUGGCCAAGGCCAGCAUGGUCUUCAGGGCCGCCUCCAACAUCCUCAUGGCCUUCUCCAACAACACAUGGAUGGUCUUCAUGGUGGCAGUGUUAGGCGCUCCAGCAGGAAUCAAUCAAGCUGUCAUCCGUUCGCUGUCCUCUGCAAUUGUGGAGCCAGAUGAACAAGGUGCCAUGUUCUCUUUCACGGCGUCCGUGGAGGCCACCUGUCUGCUGUUCGCUGCGGUCAUCUUCAACGGCCUCUACCCCCUGACCCUGGCCACCUUCCCCGGCAUGCCCUUCAUCGUCAUGGCCGCCUUCUGCCUCAUCAUCCUCAUCCUCGUGCAAUGGGUCAGUGAGAUGCAGGCUACCCAUCCACGCCUGGUCAUUCAGGACUGAAGCGUGACGCUUGACCUGGUCUGGGGAUGGGAGGCCAUCUGGACAUGGGCCAAGACCUUGUCCACUGACUGUACAGCCAGAGACUGACGU